AUGGCGACCGAUCAACUUCCAAUUCGCCUUAUGGUGAACGAGCGAGAGUAUGAGGUGCUACGCAGAUUCCUGUCGAGACAGUCAGCGAGAGCACAGGGCAUCCGAAAGAGCGAAAUUCAGGAGGACGGCUCCAGAUCAGUCGCUUUCCACGACAACCAUAGAGCUGCUGCUUUCCGUUCUGCAUCGCGAGUGUUUCUGGUCACCUUUGGCUCUCUUAAACUGCUUGCGGCGAUCUUAGACCGUCUUGCAGCACGCAGAUCUCCGACCGCGACUGGCUCGAGGAAACCCAUUGUGGCAUCGCACUCGAGGAUGGCUCUGUCACUGUCAUCACUCCUGUUCUUUCACGCAACACUCUAUCGCAUCUUCGCCAGGCUGAGACUCCAGCUGCUUCAUGAGAAGGUGCGGGAUAUUCGAGAGCGGUAUCCACGCAUCUACGCGACACUCACCUCCCGCAUUGCGCCGGCUCUUGGAGCCAGUCUCUCGGGGUUUGCUCUGGGCAUUUGUCCCGCAGAUCAGCUCCGGAUUACGCUUGCAAUCUAUGUGGGCUGUCGAGCCCUCGAAUUGGGAUAUGCCGCCAUUGAGCACACGGCGUUGGUCAAGAACAAGCCGUCGUGGCUGGGGAGUUGGGUGCUGUUUGCUCUGGCACAGGGCCAAUUGUUGCACGCGUUUGUGUUCGACCGCGACUGCUUCCCUGAGGCAUACGGGUCAUUCAUCCUUGGAUACACUCCCGAGUAUAUUCAGCGUCGACCGGCGAGUCUCUCACCAAAGGUCGUAUGGCCGACCCCCAAUAACAUUGUGGACGCUCUUGCACAAAUGGCACAGUUAAGAUGGCCUAACUUUGUCUCGCCAAUCCUGCAUCCCAAUGAAGCGCAGACACUGCCGGCAGGGAUCGAUCCCGUCAUUUCGCCCAUCACGUCUCGGGCACACCCAGGCAUCCAGCAUCUGUCCUGUGCACUCAUACACCCUUCGGACCCGUCAUGCUUCAUGGCAUAUAUACGACACAUGUUGAUUUCAUUCCCGCAAUUGGCGAAGUUCUUUACCAAAUACUACGGGGCGCUGGCUUUGCUGCGGCUAAGGAAGAUUAUCAAAGCACCACUGGCGUCCCUCAACGGGCUGUCCGAAGCUGUGUUGAGGUCUACAAUAGCCGUGUCUGGGUCGAUUGGUGUAGCUUGGGGAAGUAUUUGUUUGUUCCAGGCUAUCUUACCUCGCUCGUUUCUACCCAAAUUUCGAUUCUUCCUAGGCGGGUUUUUGGGCGGGAUGUUCCAGGUGUUCGACCAAACGACCGCUGGCCAUGCCAAUUCCUUGUAUGCGGCGCGAACGAGUGUUGAUUCUCUUUGGAAAGUGGGCGUCAAACGUCGGUGGUGGAGAGGCAUCCGAGGAGGCGACGUGUGUGUUUUUGUGGCUGCCUUGGCUCUCAUCAAUGUCGUAUAUGAUCUGGGCAAGGAGACGGCGGCGGGGCAAGACCGGGCAAUGAUGUUGAUCAAGGUGCUCAGGGGAGAGGCAGAGCUGGGAUUACAAAGGAAAAAGGAGGCCACGAUGACGGAGGGAGGAGGCAAUGAUGAAAUAGCGUCCAAGUAA